GUCCGGACUAAUAUCGCCCACUGUGCACUCAACCCGAACCCCGAACGCAGCGGUAUAAACGCAUUAUACUUUGACCGCUGGAGCACCCGGUGUGCUAGAUGAACUGUCAUAGAAUAAAGCUCUCUUCUUGGCGCGACAUUGAACUGAACAGACGUAAGCCACUGACUUCUGCGUAUAAUUAUUUGUGUGCUCUUCCGAAUUGUGCUAAAUCUUAUUAAAACGGCCAAUUAACCUUCCGCCAACCGUAAAACGCUUGGUCGUUACAUCUCAGAAGUGGGAUUACCAACAAAAAUCGCCUACAAAACCGCCUGCAAGCCGCCUAACCAGCCUGUAUCCGUGUGUACCUUUGUACGUGUGUGUAUGACACAACGCCAUUUUCCAUCAUGCUGAGGAAAAAAGAACUUCGUCGGGCGCUUAUCGAGGCCGGCGUCGACGUGCCGGAUACCGCUACCGUCACACAACUCCGACAGCUUUAUGCCCCCAUCGAGCCGGUCGCUCGUUCCCCCCGUGCGGCGCCGCCGCCUACCACCUCAGCGACGACACCGGCUCCCGCUUGUGCAAACUAUCUGAUGCUCCAGACCAGACCGAUUGGGUAUCCAAGUUGCGGUCAGCCGAAUACGCUUUAAACAAUACCGUCCACACAUCUACGAACUUCUGCCCCUCUGUCCUACUCUUUGGUGUUGAGCAACGUGGUAAAGUUCCAGACGAGUUAGCCGAAUACCUGGAUGAGAAAUUUGAUCGAGCCUCUAGGGACUUAGAAGCCAUUCGGGAUAAAGCGUUAGAAAACAUAGAAGAGUCUCAACGGAAGAAUGAGGAAUACUUUAGCAAAAAGCACAAACCACCGCAGUGCUAUAAGGAAGGUGACUUAGUGGCUAUACGUUACUCUGAUACGACCGAUAGUGGUAAUAAGAAGCUCAAUCCUAAAUUCAGGGGACCUUACGUCAUCCAUAAAGUGUUGCCCCAUGAUAGGUACGUGGUACGCGAUGUAGAAGGAUGUCAACUCACACAACUACCCUACGAUGGGGUUCUAGAAGCGAAUAAGUUGCGACGUUGGACCGAGUCCAGUGAUUAGGAAAUUGAGGGCAAUUUAUUGUUCAGGAUAGCCGAGCUGUAACGUCCGGACUAAUAUCGCCCACUGUGCACUCAACCCGAACCCCGAACGCAGCGGUAUAAACGCAUUAUACUUUGACCGCUGGAGCACCCGGUGUGCUAGAUGAACUGUCAUAGAAUAAAGCUCUCUUCUUGGCGCGACAUUGAACUGAACAGACGUAAGCCACUGACUUCUGCGUAUAAUUAUUUGUGUGCUCUUCCGAAUUGUGCUAAAUCUUAUUAAAACGGCCAAUUAACCUUCCGCCAACCGUAAAACGCUUGGUCGUUACAAAAGCUUGUUUACAAAUCACAGAGAAAUGUAUUGCAAUCAUCAUCAAGGUGCAUUGAUUAACACUUUCAAAAUGAGACUUUGCAAAGUUCCUUCCCUUGAUUGUUGUGUUUAAAAGAACGUGAAUAGUUAAUCUUUCAUCAAUUUCUUCUAAUCAAACCAACAUUAUCGAAUAAACAAAAAAAAAACGAUGAGAAACAACAUGACAGCGUUCGCACCUUCACACGUCAAAUAAACCAACUGUCAAAGUGCCCCGUCGCGAUACAACCUGCCCUCUAUUUAUACACCUUGAUUACUUCCCAUCAAAUAUUGUGCGAGCAGGCAAGGUUUUUGCUCCAAGCCAGGUGAAAAGCAAAUCGUGCAUAUUUCGUGACGAAUCCUGCAGACUGUGCAGCCGCAAGUGUUUCCGUGCGCUGACGAGCACGCUCAGCAUCGAAAGCCGUUUAACGCGAACCGCGUUCAGCACGGCACACGCGUUCGUACCUCGCCAUCUGCCAUUCGGAUUUCGCAGUUUCUUUCCAUUGCUGCCCGUCGGUGCCGAGAGCGCGAGCGAGAGCGAGAGAGUGAGCGAAGGGAGCGCGAAAAUUGUGACAGUGUGAAAGAGUGCGCGCUAGGCAGUGCAAGCGAGAGUGUGAGUCAGGGCCGCACACACAGCACACAGCACGUUUUGUUCAACUCCCAGAAGUUUUGCCUCACCGUACGAAAAUGGCGUCGAUAGAUUCCCAGUCGAAAAACCGUAUGCAGGGUUUUAAAAACAAAGGAAAGGACCAGGAUGAAAUGCGUCGGCGACGAACGGAGGUUACGGUGGAGCUGCGCAAAAACAAACGCGAAGAGACGAUCCUCAAGCGACGCAACGUUCCUCAGACCACAGAAUCGACCGACGAGGAGGACUACACACUACAGUCGAACCUGAAGAAGCUGGUCGAGAAGGCCGGCAACAGCAGUGACAAAGAGGGCCAGCUGGCGGCGGUGCAGGCCGCCCGUCGCCUGUUGUCGUCGGACCGCAAUCCUCCGAUUAACAAUCUCAUCGACAGCGGCAUUCUCCCGAUCUUAGUCAAUUGUCUCGAGCAGGACGACAACCAGGUGCUGCAGUUCGAGGCGGCCUGGGCGCUCACCAACAUCGCAUCCGGCACGGCCGCACAGACGAACCAGGUGGUGCGGGCCGGGGCCGUCCCGCUGUUCCUGCGCCUGCUCAACUCGCCGGCCCCGAACGUGUGCGAGCAGGCGGUGUGGGCCCUGGGCAACAUCAUCGGCGACGGGCCGAGCCUGCGCGACUACGUGAUUAAGCUGGGCGUGGUGCAGCCGCUGCUGUCCUUCAUCCAGCCGGAAAUUCCGAUCCCCUUCCUGCGCAACGUCACCUGGGUGAUCGUGAACCUGUGCCGCAACAAGGAUCCGCCGCCACCGGCCGCCACGAUUCUCGAGAUUCUGCCGGCGCUGAACAUGCUGAUCCAUCACACGGACAUCAACAUCCUGGUCGACACGGUGUGGGCGCUGAGCUAUCUGACCGACGGGGGCAACGAGCAGAUUCAGCUCGUGAUCGACAGCGGCGUGGUGCCGAAGCUGAUCCCGCUGCUAUCGCACGUCGAGGUUAAGGUACAGACGGCCGCGCUUCGUGCAGUCGGUAACAUCGUCACCGGCUCGGACGAUCAGACACAGGUCGUGCUGAACUGUGACGCACUGUCGCACUUCCCCAAACUGCUGACGCACAGUAAGGACAAGAUCCGCAAGGAGGCAGUAUGGUUCCUGUCGAACAUAACGGCCGGAAAUCAAUCGCAAGUGCAGGCCGUCAUCGAUGCCGGUCUGCUGCCGAAGGUGAUCGAAAAUCUGAAGCACGGCGACUUCCAUACGCAGAAGGAGGCAGCCUGGGCGAUCAGCAACCUGACGAUCAGCGGCAACCGCGAACAGGUGGCGCAGCUGAUCAACGACGGUGCCGUGCCGCCGUUCUGCGAUUUGCUAAUGUGCCAGGACUGUCAAGUGAUCAAUGUUGUAUUGGAUGGUAUUAACAACAUGCUGAAACUGGCCGGCCCACACGCAGAGCACGUUGCGAAUCUGAUCGAGGAAUGCGACGGUGUGUCGAAGAUUGAAGUUUUGCAGAAUCACGAAAAUGUCGAAAUUUACAAGCUCGCGUAUGACAUCAUUGAGCAGUUCUUUUCGGACGAUGUUGACGAAGCAGUCCUGGAAGACCUUAGACCGGCAGCUGACGAGAACGCGUUCCAGUUCAACCAGAAUCCGAACAUUCCCCGCGACGGGUUCAACUUCUAAGCUACGGAACAGAAUCACGAAGGAAUGGGAACGGGAUUCUGCAAUCGCACAUCAGAUUCACGAAUACUACAAGACACGGAUACUUUAGCGAACGUCAGCAACCAUUGAGGUGGUGUUUGUUUCGCUCGCCGCGAGCAAGAGACACACCACCAGUACGUCACAGCAGACUCCGAAUACGAACACACAACUUUUAGGACUUGCUUUUGCACGACUGCAGCAUCGCUGAGAAGAAAGAGAGGAGCAUUUAUAUGGUAAAUUUUAAUCUGCUCGGCUAUCUCCCAACAACAGCAGAAAUAGCAAAACAGCAGCAGCAUCAAAGAAAUUCUUUGUUAGGGACAAAUGAGCGAGAAUCGUCCUGUUCUUGUAAUCACUUAUUUUGACAAUAUCAUCUUCACCAGCAAAUGAUUUUGGUGGAAACAGUAGGGAUUGUACAAUGCUCUGCAUAAACAAGCCUGUGUCCUAGUGCGGUCGGAACGGCAGCCCGAUAUCGGGCUGAUCAUCAUCAACGAUGUUAACUUCCAUUUGUGUUUUCUACGAAAAGGUAACUCCACUCGUAACCAAGAGCGUGUUUUAGGGUAAUGUAGCUCGAGAUGAUGAAGAUGAUGAUGAUGGGUCACCGCAAAAGAGGAUGAUUUAUGAUUUAGGACCAAAACCCGUAGUUUUGUUGACGUAUUUAGUUAAUUUCCUACCGCGAAGUAUAUUGAACAUCCCAUCAUCAAAAUGUCCGGUUAGCAGGAUAUGCCUAACCUUCAGCUUGUGCGUUACUGGUUACAAGCCAACCAGAAGAUAGAUAGUGUACUUGUAUAGAGAACUUUUGUUUUGGACUAAUUUCACGUUAAAAUUCAUUGUUAACUCCCAGAGAGAACUAUCUGCUGCAUAAGCAAUGAAUGUGAACUUCAUUGUAAACAAACAAACACACACACUCACAUACACUUUUGGUGGUGUGGUUCGGCUAACAGAAAACCCUGGAACUCUGCAACCGACAUAAAUAUCGAUAUUUAUUGGAAUUCAAGGACUGAUGACUUAUUCGUACGUAUCCUCUUACCCGACGACCACUGACCGAUCCACAGUCUGUGACAGCAGUAGCGUCGCAGCGGCCGGACACUAUUCACCGACGCCGCUAGCGCUAAAGCAUGGUAGCAGGACGAAUGCGAAGAGAUAGAAAGUAUCACAAAACCAGAAGCAAUGUCAAUGUAUCUUUCUAAUAUAUUUACUAAGAAUCCGGAAGUUAGCACAGAAAGAGAGAGAGCUAGGGAGAGCUAGGGAGUGGUGAGGUUGGAAGGGAGUCAGAUCAUUAAACAAUUUUCCAGCACGAGAUCAUACGACGCUGUGUCAUAGGAGGCAACCGUAUAUAGGUAUCGGGCAAAGGCAUCUAGAGACAGGAACCGUCGUCUAUCUGUCGGUUUGGUUAGUUGAGGUCUAUGUGUGACACCUGAUCGUCAUGAUGCGAAAAAUGGCCUCUCUUAGCGGGAACGUAUAUUCGAUUCUAUUUUUUAAAAAAAAGCGGGACACACUCCGUGCACAACCACCUGUUCAGUUUUACCCGCAAAAAAAUGAGGACAUUAUAGGUGAAUGAAGCUAUAGGAGCAAAUCCUGGGGAUAAAAAGGUACAACAACACUAAACAAAAAAGGCAGGACAACAUCAACACAACAACACCACGCAAACACGCAAACCAAAACUAAACGCUACAUGAACACCCAAUGCUACAAGAUGUGCGCAUUGGGAUGCAUCUAUGUGCAAGAUACCUAAAAUGGCCCACGAUAGCAAUCGUUGUGAUUCUUUGUGGAAGGCGCGGCCACUUAUCAGAGGCUUUCCAGACCGCUGUAAAUAGAUCCCUUGACGCAAGAACAAUACAAAACAAAACAAAACAAAGCAAAGCAAACGAGAACUAUCUCCUCCUUCCUAUCUGUUUUUGGAGUCGAAAGCAAUGUUCGGCCGGAGGUGUGGUAGUAGCUGUUGAAUUUGAAUAUGAACUAAUUUUUCGUUUUCACCUCUUUUAUGUGUGUUAUUAAUUGCCGGGAGAGGGGAAAUGUGAACCGAACUCUGUCCUAGGACACUGUGUGCGGUACUCCAACCCUCCCCGCGUCCGUUUGCGUAUGUAUAUGUACAUUGCCACACAGACUGCUCGCAGCCUGCGGACAGUUUGUGCGUCAGUUAUAGGUGUAAAAACAGGGCACAGUGGGGCGCAAAUGUAAUGAAUGCUGGCAUUUUUUUUAAAUAUAAAAUAAUCGCGGCGUGUACACCCGUGCGUGUUGUCACCCGCUGAAAGGCCGUUGGUCGGACAGGAGAAGGAUCACCAUCAUUAUCAUGAUCGUGUGGUGUGCGAUCGGGAUCGGGCUGUGUGAGGGAAACCAUGUGAAUUAAUUAAGCGCAUUGUGUAAAGGAGAGUGAGAGAAAUAGGAAACUUUUAGAAAAUCACUUCACCAACCACCCGCAAAGGGCAAAAGGGUAAAAGGGCAAAGCGAAAGUAGAGCUAUUAGAAACAUGAUAUGGAGCACUAUCAAAGUGAGGCUUCCGUUGUUUUGUGAUCACGAGAACACUUUCUGCUACUAGAAGUGUCGUUGUUGUGAGGAGAAGGAGGAGGAGGAGUAGGGUGUGAGAGAAUGAGGAACUUGCUGCUACUCAUCGAAAACCUUUUAAGCAACUUUUGUGCCCGAUGAGUAGAAGCGACAACACGCAAGGGACGAUCGAUCGAUGGGGGGAAAAUGCGGUGCGUAUUGUUGCCUUUGCGCUCGCAUUAGUAGACAUAUUGAUAUUUUUGUAACAUAGUAUCUUUUUCUUUUUAAUUGACGUCGUUUCUGCGGCGCUGCCACAUGCCACACGCUCGCAGGCCACCACCACACCACCCCUCCCUGAUAGGAGCGGGGGUUUUGGGUGCGGCAGCAGAUAUAGUAGAGCGCAAUGCGCUGGGGGUCCGCGCGAUUGCAACACGUGUAAAAGUAAUUUAUUUUCUACGACUUACUAGAAAAACUAAACGGAACGAUACAUAGAGCUUUUUGGGGGACGCGUGGAAGAGCGGGCGAGAGUUUUGCAUGCACACUUAAAGGGUACUGUGCACCUCCGCCCUCUUCCCCUUCCCAAACGUAGAGGGACAGAAGGAGCAAGAGAGAGAGAAAAAGAGAGGCAAAGAGAAUACUAAAGAGAAUUUAAUACAAUGCGCGCUGUAAAAUACGUUGCCGAAACGAAGCAGCGGUUCAGAAAGUCUGAUUUGAGGUAAAUCCUACCUACUACCUACUACGCGGAUACGGGAGCCAUAUAGGAAAGCGGUUCCCUCUUCGCGGGAGCAUGAUGUGCCCGCGUUUCCUCACUCUCUGUCAAUCCUCUUUGCAUUGAGAGGAGAUGACGAUGAUGAUGCACUUUCGGGAUCGCGUCGAAAGUGCAUUGUUGGCGAUCGGUGUUGCACCGUGUGCAGAGCGCGCCGCAUUCAGUUUAAGCUUUAACAAAAGAAGAAGAGGAGGAAGAAAUAAGGGUGAAGAUGCAGUGGAGAUCAGCCUACGGCCAAGGCAUAAAAAAAUACGCCAGUGAUGAAUUCGGGGGCAGGGCUCGUCGGAAGCGUGCACUCUCGGCACCCCGCGUAGGACACUGGAUCUGGCAUUUGUGGUCUUGUUUUUUUUUUUUUUUGUAUUGCCAGUCCACCGAGGAAGCACACCCAGAGACGUUGUUGCCGUGUCCGGAGAGCCAGCCGCCCUAUGUACAUGAUGAUGAUGUUUUACAACACAUAUUUGCCUCUUGCCAAACCGCGUGUUUAGAUGGAGGAGGAAGGGCUCUCUAGACGAGAAAAGAGGGCUUACUAUAUGGAGGCGCGCACAUUACGUUGUUUUUUUGUUUCUCUCCUCCUUCCUUUAAGCAAACUGUGCGCAACCUCCCCUGUACCUGCCAAAUUUGGAAGUUGGUAAUGAGAGGGGGGAGGAGUUGCGGGUUGCUAUCUCUACUACAACAAAGAUGAUGGUGCACCGGAGAACCGGAAUUAGGGAUUACGGAACGUACGAACUCCUUCCCUUUUAUUGUCCAGCGCGCAGGGAUUCAAAUCUGUAAAAAUUCUUUAUAUAUACACACAUAAGAGCCACACAAAAAAAAACUACACAAAAAGAGAGGUAGAGAGAGAGAGGGGGAGAAGGACAAACAUGUACCAUUUAUUCCAGGAGGAAGAAAUUGUGGGGGGGGGGGCUGAGAAUUGGGAUGUAAAGAGAUGUCGGAUAUCGAAAAACAAAAAUUGUGUAAAUCCAAUACGGUCAAAAAAAAGCAAAAGCAGAAACACUCGCACUCGAGACAAACGGACAUUACAGCUGAAAGCAACAGAUUAUUUUUUAUCUCUAUCAACGAACCAGAAAAGGGACUCGAAAUAAUAGUAUUUCACAGGACGUUAACAUCAUCUGCAACCAUACACAGAGAGAGAGAGAGUGACGGGGAAAAGCAGGAAAACUCCAUAGCGAAAAGUGUAAGCUUAAACAUUUGUUUCAUUUCUGUGUCCUUGGUGAGAUAUGAAAAGAAUAACAGAAUUGACUUGAUACAAAUCAUUAA